AUGGAAGAACGAGCCUCGAUCCGUCCUGGGCUACCACUCCCAAAUCCUACCGUAUCAUACUGGCAAGAUCCUCCCUCUAGUCUUUCCAAUAACAGAACCACGCCCGAACUUCCCACAACCGUAGACACUCUCAUCAUCGGCUCUGGCAUUACUGGCACCACGCUCGCCUACAGGAUCCUCAGUCAACCUUCUCCACCCUCUGUCCUCGUGCUCGAAGCCCGUACCGCAUGCUCAGGCGCAACGGGACGAAAUGGCGGGCACACGAAGUGUGUCGCCUAUCGUGAGAUCUUGGAUAAUAUCAAAGAUCUGGGGGAAGAAGAGGCUGUUAAGAUAGCGAGGUUUGGAUACAAUUGCAUGAGGAACGUACAUGCUUUUGCUAGAGAGCAUGGUAUCGCGUGUGACAGUUGGCAAGGGGACACCGUCGAUGUGAUCUAUGAUCAGGCCCAGUGGAAUAAGGCUCAAAAGGCUGUGGCAGAGCUCAAUAGAGUGCUUGGUGACGAUGACCCAGUCGCGCAGUAUAAAUUUUGGGACGCUGAAGAGGCUGAGAAAAAGUUCCUGGCACAAGGCUGUCUGGGCGCAGUCUCUUACGAAGCUGGAAGUUUGAGUGCAUACAAGUUUGUCAUUGGCAUCUUGGCUCUAGCCCUGGAGAAGGGUCUGAACUUGCAGACGGAAACGCCUGCAUUGAGGAUUAGAAAGUGCGAGAGUGGCCACAGGGGAUGGAUUGUAGAAACACCACGCGGUGCCAUUGAAGCGGAGAGAGUGGUUCUGGCAACGAAUGGAUACGCAGCACAUCUGCAUCCACCACUUCAAGGCGUGAUUGUGCCACUGAGAGGGCACAUGACCGCUCAGCGACCUGGGUCAGGUCUACCAAAAGACGGUCUGGCAACGACAUAUUCGUUUAUCUAUGACGAUGGAUACGAAUACAUGAUACCACGUCCACAAGGUUCAAUGUUCGCAGGCAACAUUAUGAUUGGUGGCGGUGCCACGAAAGGGCGAGACGAGGGCAUUUGCGAGUUCGGAACCACAGAUGACACCACAACUGAUGCUGUCAUACUCAAAUAUGUCGAAGACAGCGCAGCUGAGCGAUUCGGCUCCAACUGGGGCCAUGACCAUCCGGAAGGCCGUCUGCGCAGAGCCUGGACGGGAAUAAUGGGUUACUCCUCAGACGGAUUUCCCCUCAUUGGACAGUUGCCUGACGAGAACGACCUGUACAUCGCUGCAUCUUUUCAAGGAUCAGGAAUGGUGUUAUGCUUUGAAUCUGCAAGAGCCCUAUUUGAAAUUAUGAGCCAAGAAGACGAAGCGCUGGACCAGUGGUUCCCAAAAGUGUUUCGUAUUACACAUGGUGGUGGCAUCAGGGGCUAUGGUAGCCUGCUUAUCAUUCGAGCGCUCAUGGAGAAGGUAGGGAUUGAGGAAAGGCGCAUAGACCCUGUCGUCAAGUCGAGUUUCUCGCCUUGCCUGUACAAGCCCACAAAAAUUGGGUUCAGCACACGCUUUACAAAGGACGUCGAAUCGUUCGAAGCCACCGUCGUGACAGAGACCAAUCCAAGUGGCUUGUCCAAUGAUUCUCUUUUCUUGCCAUGUCAUUACUUUGAUUACGGUGCAGGGACCAGCACCGGGGGCAUUAUGUUGUUCUGUCUCCGCAUGACGGUCCAUGAUUGCAUCAAUGAGUACAAGAUAUUGGGUGAUAAGAUUUUCGGUCACCCAAGGCCGUGCUCGUGGUUUGGCAUUCUGUGGCCCAAGUAUAGCUCAGACUCCUUAAAGAGUGUUAUUAACGAAGCUACUGGAAGACAUAGCAACACUGGGUACAGAUUGAACUACGAAGUCGAGGAGCAGCUGUCCCAAUGUAUCGUUGUUGCCUACCCGGACAGCAACGCUCGCGGAGAUGUGCCUUUCCUGUUCCGUACCUAUGAGCCGCCACUCUUGGCUCGAGACGAUGUAUACGAGAAGUUAAAGUCAGAUCCUAGACACCACCCAUCGGCGAUACCUUUGCACAAAGUGGCCCGAGCGACUGCAGCCGCCCCGGCGUACUUCCGCCCAGUCAGGAUUUUCCCAGCUCACAGAGGUAAACCUCUUCCUGCUAUGCGAUUCAAAGACGGUGGAUUUGGGUGCAACAACCCCAGCGAAGAAGCUUAUCAUGAUGUCGUGGAGGCUCAUGGAGGACUCAGCCGAAACAUUGGACCGUUCAUAAGCAUCGGAACAGGUAUUGGAAAGUUUAGAUUGUUUUCCAACAAGAUUGGGAACUUUCGGGACGUCUGCGCGAAUGCUAUUGCAGCCCUGAAAAGACCUGCCUUGACAACCCUGGCCGACAAGUCCAUGUCUUACCUGGCGAACUUUGAUAAAGCGGAAAGGUUCCCUUAUUACCGAUUCGAUGGUGGUGAGGUCCUUGGUGAGGUAGCCAUGGACGAGUGGAAGACCCACAGAUCAAAGAAUCGCAGCCACGAGAAAAAGCAGCCGGGAGCCAAAACAUUGGAAGACAUUCAAAGAGCUGUAGAAGCAUACCUGCAACAGAAAGGUGUGCAAAGAGAUCUAGAAGAUUGCGCUAAAUUGCUGGUUCAGAGAAGACGUUUCCGAACCAAGGAUUCAUCGAGGUGGGAGCGGUAUGCGACGACCUCGUAUUACCUGUGCAAGAAUGGCACCUGUGAGAAGGCUCGCUUUGAUACAGCUCUGGGUCUCAGGCAUCAUUUGGAAAGCUACCAUGGCUUCGAGGCUCGCGGUACAGUGGAUGAAAUGCUAGAGCAAUGUCGCAACUAUUGGUGGCUCUACCCUGGUUGA